UAAAACCAAUGCAUCAGACUGGCAGAUCACGGUUAUGAUGUUUUCAAUUCCUAGUCUUGUUUUAUCAAAUGAAUGAGACAGCGUGAAGUAGGAGGCUCCUCGAAACAACCUGCAUAUAUAUAUAGCCAGCCUACCGGACACAUAACAAGGAACCUGCCAGCAUUACAGCAAAGAUGAACACGGAUGCGAUUGUUAUCGUUUCUGCCGCAAGGACUCCUAUAGGAUCAUUCAAUGGAGCCCUUAGUAGUGUACCUCUCAAUGAUUUGGGGACAUUAGUCAUUAAAGAUGUGCUUAAGAGGGCCAAUGUGAAGCCAGAAGAAGUCUCAGAGGUCAUCAUGGGUCAUGUCCUCACUGCAGGUCAUGGGCAGAAUCCUGCCCGGCAGGCAAGUGUUGCUGCUGGUAUCCCAUACUCAGUGCCAGCAUGGAGCUGUCAGAUGAUCUGUGGAUCUGGCCUGAAGGCUGUGUGUCUUGGUGCUCAGUCCAUCAUGACUAAAGAAUCCACUAUAGUAGUAGCAGGAGGCAUGGAGAGCAUGAGUCGGGUUCCUCAUAUAGUGCAGAUGAGGUCAGGGGUGAAGAUGGGAGAUUCUACUUUGCAGGACUCCAUACUGACUGAUGGACUCACAGACGCCUUUUACAAUUACCACAUGGGAGUCACAGCUGAGAAUGUGGCCAAGCAGUGGGGGGUGUCCCGUAAGGCUCAGGACCAGUUUGCCGUGACGUCACAGAACAGAACUGAAGCAGCUCAGAAGGCUGGAGAUUUUGACCAGGAGAUUGUGCCAGUUACUGUUCCCUCUAGGAAAGGUCCAGUCGAGGUCAAAGCUGAUGAGUUUCCGCGGCAUGGCAGUAAUAUUGAUGCUAUGUCCAAACUGAAACCUUGUUUUGUGAAGGAUGGCUCUGGUACAGUGACAGCUGGCAAUGCAUCAGGCAUAAAUGAUGGAGCUGCAGCUACUGUUCUCAUGAGCCAAUCAGAGGCCCAGAGGCGGGGCUUAAAACCAAUGGCACGCAUCACAUCCUGGGCUCAGGCAGGCCUCGACCCUUCAGUUAUGGGCACAGGGCCAAUUCCAGCCAUUAGAAAAGCUGUUGAUAAAGCCAGAUGGAAGCUUGAUGAGGUUGAUCUGUUUGAGAUAAAUGAAGCGUUUGCUGCUCAGUCCAUUGCAGUGGUAAAGGAGCUCGGUUUAAACCCUGAUAAGGUGAAUGUGUGUGGAGGGGCAAUCUCUCUCGGACAUCCCCUCGGUAUGUCUGGCUGUAGAGUGUUGGUGACCCUGCUUCAUGCGCUUCAGAGGACAGGGGGACGGAAAGGGAUCGCUUCAUUGUGUAUAGGAGGUGGAAUGGGUAUUGCCAUGUGUGUAGAGAGAGAAUAAGCGCUGAGUACUGCUGAUAUAGACAGAUUACUUCCACACUGUAAUCGUGUGCUUUUAAUCAGGCCUUGAAUCCAGUUUGUCAUAUUCAAAACAGAUGUUUAAAAUCUAAACAGUCUAUGAUGAGACUAAAGCAAGUACAUACUCAAGUCAGUGCUUAUAUAUAUUGUAAAUGAAGGGAAACCUGUAGUAAAAUUCACAAAUUGUCAAUUCUGGUAAAAUGAUCUAAUGCAGGGCUGUCCAAACUCGGUCCUGGAGGGCCGGUGUCCUGGAGAGGUUAGC